AUGAUUAGUGUUAAUUUAAGAGUAGUAAUUCAACUAACUUAUUUUAUAAUGGUGCUUGCAAUAAAAUUAGUUAAUCAUAAUGCAGAAUACUUUUAAGUAAUCUUUAGUAUGGUUUUGACAAUAAUGUUUAUACCAUUUAAUAGAUUUAUUAAUACAUGCGUUGAGCAUUAAUAAUUGGUAUGUAAGUCAUUAUGGUAAAUUCUAAACCUUUUUUGUUUAGGGAGUGUUGAUUUUGGAUUAAAAAAUGAUGGAUUAUUAAGCAGAUUUUAAUAUUUUUGGUUGGGUUUGACAAUUUAAUUGGAAGUAGAUACUACUAUUUCAAAUUAAAUAACUAGAGUUGGAUAUUUAUUAGUUGUAAUUGCAUCAGCAAAUUUAACUACAAUUUAUUUAUUAAUAGAUUCAUCUUAAAUAGGAAUUAUUUUUGGUGAAGCUCUUUAUGCUUUAUUAUUAUUUUAUUAAUUUAUGAUGUCUACAAAAACAUAGAUAUCAAAAUUACCAUAAAAGAAACCUAGUAGUAGAAGUUUGACUGAAAAAUUAGAAAGUCCUUAGUAAUAAAUAUUUGAUGAAGAUUCAAAUUAAAUUAAAUUUAUGUCAUUAAAUUAAGGAGUUAUUAAAAAUCCAUCUAUUUAUUCAAGAGAUCCAUCAGUUCUUGAAUAAAUAGAAUAAUAAAAAACAUUUUAUGAAAUUUUAUUCAAUUAAUUUCCUGAAGGAAUAAUGAUAAUUAAUGAUCAAAAUAAAAUUGAUUAUCAUAAUAAUUAAGUUUAUACAUUAUUAGGAAGAAAACAUACAUAAAAUAGAUAAGAUUAAAUAUUAUCUAGAUUGUAUGAAUUAAAAAAUUAUAGUUCUAAAUUUCAAUUUGAAGAAUAAGCAUAAUUUGAUUCAUUUUUUUCAAUGUUAGAUAAAAAGUUAAAAUAUAACUAAAAUGAAUAAUAUUAUUAACCUUUUUAUUAAUAAUUUGAUUAGUAAAUAAAUGAUGAGAAUUCUAAAGAAAGUAUUUUUAAUAAUAAUUAUGAUGAUAAUCAAACAGAUUAUUAUUAUUAAGCUGAACUGAGUAAGGCUGAAACCCUAAAAUAAGAAUUAGAUAAAGCAUUAUAGGAGAAAGCUUAAGAUAAAAAUGGAUUACCUUCUCCAUAUUAAAGAUAACAAUCUUUUCAUUCUUAGAAAACAUAUAAAGGAUAAGAUAAAAUAAGAUUUUCUCCUGAAGUCAAAAAAAUGUUAUGUAUGAUAGAAGAAUCUACAGAAGAUUAAAAUAAUGAAUUAUAAGAAGAUAAAUCAUAAGAUGAAUGCAAUACUGGUUUAUUGAUUCAGAUAACAAUUAAACCAUAUAUAUAUGAAAAUAAGAGAAGUGUUUUAUUAAUGAUAAGAGAUGUAUCUUUAUUUAAUCAAUUCAAAGUUUUAUAAUAAUAAAAUAAAAAUAAAUCUAGAAUGUUAUCAUAUGUUUCACAUGAAUUACGUAAUCCAUUAGGAGCAAUAAUUGAAAUAAAUUAAUAAUUGAAGAUUUAAUUUUCGUAAGAUAAGAAUUUAAUUUAAAAGUAAUAAAUGAUAAAUUAUAUUAGAUUUUUAUAACCAUUGUAGAGUUCUGCGGUUUCAAUAUAAGCAUUAGCAAAUGAUUUAUUAGAUUUAGCAUAAUUGAAAGCAGGAAAAUUUAAAUUAACUUAUUAAGAGUUUUCAAUAAGAUAAUUAUUGAAUGAUGUAAUAUCAAUAAUGACAUAUCCUGUAAGUUUAAGGAAUUUAAAACUAGAUUUUUAAUUUGACAAUAAGAUACCUUAAAUAAUAAAAUCUGAUUCAUAGAGAAUUUAGCAAAUAAUAUUUAACCUUAUUAGUAAUGCUACAAAAUUUACAAAGGUAGGUGGAAUUACUGUAUCAGCUAAAUUAUUAUAACCAAAGCUUAUAGAAAUUUCUGUUGAAGAUACAGGAGUUGGAUUGAAGCCUGAAGAUAAAAAUAAAUUAUUUUAACCAUUUGGAAAAUUAGAAGAUACUAAAAAUAUGAAUACUUCAGGAGUAGGUUUAGGAUUAAUGAUAAGUAAUGUUCUAGCAUAAAAAUUAAGUGGAAAUGAUGAAGGAUUACAAGUUGAUUCUAAAGGAUAAGAUAAAGGAACUAGAUUUAUAUUCAAAAUAUAAGAUGUUAAUGAAAAUUAUGUUGUUCCUACUCCUAAAGCUCUUAUUAGAAAAGAAAGUUUUAAUAUCAAUAUACCUAAUUUAAAAAAAUUAGAUGAUUAAUUGAUAGAACAAUAAUUAUAAAUAUGUAAAUGCCCAUAAAUUAUUAUUGUUGAUGAUGAACCUAUUAAUCUAGAAAUUCUAGGUUGGAAAUUAGAUAGAAUGAAAUCUAUUUAUUUAAAAUCUAAAAGUGGUUAAGAAUGCAUUGAAAUUCUAUAAAAUUGGUAAAAUAAUAAAGAUUAUUGUUGUAACUGGAUUCAUUUUAUUAUUAUUGAUAUAAAUAUGCCUUAUUUAAAUGGAUAUUAGACUUCUAAAUUAGUUAGAUAAAUGGAAAUUGAAAAAUAAGUUAAAAGAUCUACAAUUAUAGGAUGUAGUGGAUUUACAGAUUAUGAAAGUAAAAAAAUAGGAUUAGAAAGUGGAAUGGAUUUAUUUAUUUCAAAGCCAGUUGAAGAUAAGGAGUUAUAAAAUGCUCUAUCAUAACCUUAAUGA